AUGCUCACCCACCUCACCCUCCCCGCCGCCCUCCUCGCCCUCCUCCCCCUCGCCUCCGCCCACUUCGAGCUCGUCUACCCGCCCGCGCGCGGCUUCGACGACAGCCGCGCCGGCGAGUUCCCCUGCGGCGGCUUCAACACGCCCAGCGCGACGCGCACGCCCUGGCCGCUAUCCGGCGGGCCCAUCCAGCUCGAGAUGGGGCACACGGAAGCGCGCGUGCAGGUGCUGCUAGCGCUGGGCGACGAGCCUGGUGAGAAUUUUAAUAUCGUGCUGGUGCCGACGGUGCAGGAGCGCGGGCCGGAGGACUUUUGCUUUGGCAUGGUGAUGAUUCCUGAGGGGGUUAAUGUUACGGAGGGGACGAGGGCGACGGUGCAGGUUGUUACCAAUGGGGAUCCUGCGGGGGGGCUGUAUCAGUGCGCGGACAUCACCUUCACAGCCCAGCCGCUCAGCCAGCAGCAGUACAGCGAAAACUGCAGGAACAGCUCCGGCGUCACGGUCGAGGCUCUGCAGAACGCGGGCAGCCCGAACGAGACGUCCUCGAAUACUGCGGCUCCGUCGGGCUCCGCAUCUGGGUCGCAGAGCAGUGCAGCUGCCUCUGCCUCUGCCACCGCGGCUUCGAGCGCUUUAGCUGCGCCGAGGGCGACGCUGGCGGCGUGGGCUAUGGGCGCUGUUGGUGUCAUUGGUGGGUUGGCUGCUUUGUAG